GGAAGUGAUUUGGUUCUGAGGUUAGCCACCGACGACUUUGGAAUGUACGAAUAUCUGAAUACUUUCGUCAGCGGCGCCGGAAAUUUCGUUUGCGAUUGAUCGCUGCAAAGUUGGCUAAUUGUAUUGACUUUAUGAAGAUUGAUUUCUCAGACAUUUAGAAACUAAAAUGCACUCGUCAAGUUGCAAUUAGCGGGGUAGUUGGCGUGAAGUUUUCUUUCAGAGACUUGCUGCCUGCUGAGAUGCGUCCCCUGUGAGGGUGAGGCGGGGCAUGAUGCUGGGUGGGCUGGGCUCGGGUAAUGGAGAACCCAAUCAGCGCGGCCGAGGCGCGGCAGCCCUCCCACCUCCCGAACGUCGCCGCCCCCUCGGCGCCCCCCCCGCGGCGUGACGGCGAGCAGGGCCCCAGUGGGCACGCUGUGGGUUUCGUGCUGGUGCACGCAGGGGCCGGUUACCACUCAGAAUCCAAAGCCAAGGAAUAUAAACAUGUCUGCAAGAGAGCCUGUCAGAGGGCGGUGGAGAAGCUGAAGGCCGGAGCCAUGGCAGUGGAUGCAGUAACCGCUGCUCUUGUGGAGCUAGAGGACUCUCCGUUUACAAACGCAGGGACGGGCUCCAACUUGAACCUGUCGGGGGAGAUCGAGUGCGAUGCCAGCAUAAUGGACGGAAAGUCCCUGCAUUUCGGGGCGGUGGGAGCCCUGAGCGGCAUAAAGAAUCCAGUUUUGGUGGCAAACAGACUACUACAGGAGGCACAGAAGGGGAAGCUAUCGGCUGGCAGAAUUCCUCCAUGCUUUUUAGUGGGAAAAGGAGCAUAUCACUGGGCAGUGCAUCAUGGGAUACCUCCUUGCCCUUCGGAUAAAAUGGCCACAAAGUUUAGUCUGUCUGCGUACAAGAGGAACAAACGCAAGAUGGAGCUGGCCGAGAAGGCGGAGAGCGAGUACAAGCAGGCCAAGAAGAGAAGACAAUCAAGCGAAAACGGGGGCCUAGUGGACCCUGCCCCCCAGCCGGACGACGACUCGGGUUCCUUGGAUACGGUGGGGGCGAUCGUGGUGGAUGGGGAGGGGAACGUGGCGGCGGCAGUGUCCAGCGGCGGCCUGGCGAUGAAGCACCCCGGCAGAGUGGGCCAGGCUGCCCAUUACGGUUGUGGCUGUUGGGCUGAAAAUGCCUGGAACUUGAACCCUUACUCAACAGCCGUGAGUACCUCAGGCUGCGGGGAGCACCUCGUCCGCACCAUGCUGGCGCGGGAGUGCUCGACGGCCGUGCAGUCGGAGGACGCCCACCAGAACCUGCUGGAGACUAUGCAAAACAAGUUCAUCAGUUCGCCCUUCCUGGCCAGUGAGGACUGUGUUCUUGGGGGUGUCAUUGUCCUCAGAUGCUGCAAGUGUGUGGAGACACAGCCGCCCCAAGACAUCCAGGCGCUGCUAGUGGAGUUCCUGUGGAGCCACACGACAGAGAGCAUGUGUGUGGGGUACAUGUCAGCCCAGGACGGCAAGGCCAAGACCCACAUCUCCAGGCUGCCUGCCGGAGCCGUCGCCGGGCAGUCGCUGGCCAUCGAGGGCGGGGUGUGUCGUCUGGGGAACCUGGUGGACUGAGCCCGGAGUCUUCCUCAGCAAUAUGUGACCUGCCCCCCCCCCCCCCGACCCCCCCAACCCCACCCCUAAACGCAGACCCCCAGCAGUAAUAAGCUCUAGCUCUUUAAAUGGAAGUGACUGGGGGCACAUCAGUAUGUGGGGUGGGCUUCUACUUGGUGCACUAUAGGAACCCCCCCCCCCCCUCCCUGCCCAGCAUCAAUCCCUCUUCUCCCCCAGGCGGAAUGCUGCCCUUCAUAGAAUCCUCCUCUGCAGUCUCACCUUAACCUACCAGAAUACCCUGCUUACUGUGUCUCUAACAACACCAUUCAGAAUAUCCUGCUCUCUGUGUUUCUAACCUCACCUGAUAGAAUAUCCAGCUCUCUGUGUUUCUAACCUCACCUGAUAGAAUAUCCAGCUCUCUGUUUCUAACUACACCUGAUAGAAUAUCCAGCUCUCUGUGUUUCUAACCUCACCUGAGAAUAUCCAGCUCUCUGUGUUUCUAACUACACGUGAUAGAAUCUCCGUACUCUUUGUGUUUCUGACUACACCUGAUACAAUGUCCCUACUCUUUGUGUUUCUGACUACACCUGAUAGAAUAUCCAGCUCUCUGUGUGUCUCUAUACCUGACAGAAUACCCCUGCUCUCUGUGUCUCUAAGCACCGCCUGUUGUACUCACGUCUUUGCUGUCUGUAUAAGCUACGAUCUUGAAAACAGGGUGGACAAUGACUUUAACUUACUUCUUUUGUUAAAUUUAUUUUCUAACGUGGGACACGUCACAGUCGUUGCGAGUUCGCUUUUUGAAUUUGUUGUAAGAUGAGAGGACCCACUCUUGUGUUUCUGUACACUGUUUGAAGAAGUCUUUGAGCUUUUAGAGGGGUCAGGAAAGUUGCAUUUAUUUUCCUUACUAAUUUAUUCCAUAGUGACUAAAUGCAAUUAAAUAACCAGAUGUACAUGUACAUACGAUUAUAAAUGAUGUAGGAAACACCAUUGUGUAUAUUGUAGUAUUUACUCAUUCCUUUACUACUUAGUUAUUUGAACUAUCUAUUACUGUAUAGUUAAAGUAAUAUACAUAAAAAAUUCUUAUUACAUGCCUCUUGGUUAUAAACAUGGAAUAUUGUUGUGUAUUUCUCUUAUUCAUGGUGUCGUAGAGUUAUACCAGUCCCCGCUAAGCAUAAAACGAUUAUUAAAGAAACCUCACCAAUGUGUUGGCAUGAACUGCAUGUGAAAAACGAUGCACUUUGAUAGACCUGUGACUGCAGGCGGGUGGUCACCUGGAUCAUUGCAGGUUGGUAGGCCCCUGGUCUACCUGUCACUUGAGUGACACAGAUCCUGUCAAUGCAGGUGUACUGUCCAGGGAAUUUGUCUUCCCUACAGGCUUGCAGUCUCUUGGAUUUUACUCUGCAGGUGUGCAGCGUCUUAGUCGACAAAGUCGCUGCACAUGUGUAAUCCGGUGGUCUAGUUGUCACUGCAGGUGUGCAGUCUUUUGGGUUUACCUGUUGCUGUAGAUGUGCAGUCCAUACGGUCUAGCUGUCACUGCAGGUGUGCAGCCUCUUUACCUACCUAUCUGUCACUGCUGGUGUGCAGUCCAGGAGGGGGUCUGUCUGUCACUUUAGAUGUGCAGUCCAGGGAUCUACCUCUCGCUGCAGGUGUACAUUGUCUGGAUCUACCUUCCUAUUACUGCAUGUAUGCAGUUCUAGCAGGGGUUUUGCUGUCCUUGCAUGUGUGUGGUCCUGAAGGAAUUCCUGUCUCUGCUGGUAUGUAGUCCCAGAGGACUUCCUCUCCCUGCAGGUGUGUGGUCCAGGGGGACUUCCUGUCCCUGCCGGUUUGUAGUCCAAGAGGACUUCCUGUCCCUGCAGAUGUGUAGUCCUGAAGGACUUCCUGUCUCUGCUGGUAUGUAGUCCCAGAGGACUUCCUGUCCCUGCAGGUGUGUGUUCCAGGAGGACUUCCUGUCCCUGCAGGUGUGUAGUCCUGGAGGACUGCCUCUCCCUACAGGUGUGUAGUCCUGGGGGACCUCCUGUCCCUGCAGGUGUAUAGUCCUGUCAGAAUUCCUGUCCCUGCAGGUGUGUAGUCCUAGAGGACUUUCUGUCCCUGAAGGUGUGUAGUUCAGGAGGACCUCCUGUCCCUGCAGAUGUGUAGUCCUGGAGGACUUUCUGUCCUAGCAGGUGUGUAGUCCUGGAGGACCUCCUGUUCCUGCAGGUGUAUAGUCCUGGUGGACUUCCUGUCCUAGCAGGUGUGUAGUCCUGGAGGACCUCCUGUUCCUGCAGGUGUAUAGUCCUGGAGGACUUUCUGUCCUAGCAGGUGUGUAGUCCUGGAGGACCUGUUCCAGCAGGUGUAUAGUCCUGGCGGAUUUCCUAUCCUUGCAGGUGUGUAGUCCUGGAGGACCUCCUGUCCCUGCAGGUGUGUAGUCCUGGAGGACUUCCUGUCCUUGCAGAUGUGUAGUCCUGGCAGGUUUUCCUAUCCUUGCAGGUGUGUAGUCCUGGAGGACCUCCUGUCCCUGCAGGUGUGUAGUCCUGGAGGACUUCCUGUCCUUGCAGAUGUGUAGUCCUGGAGGACUUCCUGUCCCUGCAGAUGUGUAGUCCUGGAGGACUUCCUCUCUCUGCAGGUGGAGGGUUUGCCACAGGACUGCUCAGGUAGUGUCACAUGACUCUUCCAAACAAGACUGUUACUGACUCGCUUAAAAAUACAGUAUAUAUUUGUAUAGUUAAAUUUACAGAGGCCUGUAUUUUAUAAUGAAUAGAGAAUAUAAGAAAUAAUAAACUAGAUAUUUAUAAAUGUCAACUGGUGCUGUUAUGCAAAGUACACAAAAUGUGAAAGGGAAGAGAAUUUAGAUGUUAACUGGAGUUUCUCUGAGUAACCCAUAUUAAGAAAUUAUCUAUUUGUGAGUUUGAUUUUAGUAUUCAAAAGUUUCAUUGGAUCAAUGUUAUUAAUCUGUGCUUUUUAACUGGUUUAUUAUGUAAAGAUAUUAAUGUAUAUAUGAUUUAAUGCUUGUUUUGUACGCAGUUUCAGAUUUGGUUACUUGAAAUUAGUAUUUAAAUAUGACCAGAAGUCUAAAGCUAUCUCAAAUGUGAGUUGUGUUACUCUCUUAAUGCUGUGCUCAAUAAACCAAUGAACAUUC